UGGUACAUAGAGACCAACAUUAAUUUGCUUUCUUUUUCUCUCUGUUUAGCUUUUACUUGAUGGCUGUGACCUCGCAGACUGUAGGGGGCACCACUGAGACCCUGUGUAUCACAAUCAACCCCUCUGAACCUGUUUCACUGGAAGUGAACCUGGAGUAUAACCAAAAGAGCAUCACUCUUCUGACGGAAAUGUCUAUAAAACAAGAAUACUUCCGUUGCAUCCCAUUCCAGGUUCCUGUUGUAACUGUGGAAUUGGUGGCAUCUAUUAAGAUUCGGAUUAAAGGGCCAAGAACAAUCCAGAACAAGGCAACAAAGAUCCUUAUCAUACCUCCAACACGCCUGACCUUCAUUGAGACAGAUAAACCAGUCUACAAACCAGGACAAACAGUGAAGUUCCGCAUCGUUUCUCUGGACACCAAUUUCCUCACCUACGAUCAGACGUUUCCAACAAUAGAAGUGCAGGACCCAAACUCAAACCGCAUUGGUCAGUGGCUGAACGUCUCCACACGCAGUGGUCUUGUGGAUCUGUCAUAUCCCAUAAACUCUGAGGCCAUAAAAGGAGUUUAUGUCAUCACAGUCUGGGAUAAGAAAAACAAAAAGCUCUCACAGACCUUCCAAGUCAAGGACUACGUUCUGCCCACAUUUGAAGUUACAGUACUACUUCCUCCAAUCAUAACCAUCCUGGACACAAACACCACGCUUAAAGUGUGUGCAAAAUAUACAUAUGGGAAGCCGGUGACUGGGACGGUGAAGGCCAAGGUCUGUCAUAACAGUUACAAAUACGGGCGUCCCCUGCACGGGGUCACAACACCACCAGACAUCUGCAAGAAUUAUAGAAUGAGGACUGACAAGACGGGCUGUGGACUACAAAACAUAAAUCUGAGAGAAUAUGCAUUAACUGAUCCACGUUACGAAGAGUCACUCAUAGUUCAGAGUGAAGUGGAAGAAGACGGCACUGGUGUGAUUCUGACUGGUUCAGCCAGCUCCACUAUAACAACUAAUAUGGUCACAAUUUCAUUUGAGGAUUCACCAACAGUGUUUAAGCCCGGAAUUACAUACGAAGGAAAGAUUAAAGUGACUGGCCCAAAAUCCAAUCCCAUGAGAGGAAAAGUAGUCUAUCUGACUAUAACUAAAACGAAUAAUUUGCAGUCAGUCAGGAAGCUGCUUACAAAUAACAAAGGCAUCGCAAAAUUUUCCCUCAGCACUGAACCCUUGGGCCUAGUUUCUCUUAAGGCCGAGUAUGAAAUGACUAACAGACCAGUUGUUAGCAGAAAUAAUCAGCGCACACCAUACUACCCCACAGCCUACCUCAGUCUUCAGCCUUUCUACUCCAAGAGCCGGAGUUUUGUUAAAUUGAGGAGCUGCUUGAUGCCUUUCAGCUGCAAGAAAAAUGCCGUCAUCAGGGCUCAGUACAUGAUACACCAGAGUGCAAUCAGACCACGCAAAAACACCUUAACCUUCUACUACAUGGUGAUGAAUCGAGGGCGUUUGGUUUACCAAGGACGUAUCAUAGAAGCCAUCCGACCUGGAACAGAAAUGGUGGAUGCACUUAUAUUCUUUAUAUUUUUCUGUUUUGUAGCCGUGCACAAGGGGAAACUGGUGGUGACUCUUCAGAACUUGAUAAAAUUGUCCCCGGUUGCUCAGGUGGUCUUGUACACAGUCCUUUCCAGCGGGGAGGUCGUGGCAGACAGCAUGAACUACCCUGUUCAUCUGUGUUUGGCUAACAAGGUGUUUCUACACUUUUCACAUCCUACGGAGCUUCCUGGUGAUCAGGCGUCACUGAAGCUGAGAGCCGCUCCAGGUUCGCUGUGUUCAGUGAAGGCAAUAGAUCAGAGUCUUCUGCUGCUGCAACCAGAGAAGGAGCUCAACAUCCAAUUGGUGUUCAACAUGCUGCCUGUACAGACGUUAUCAGGAUAUCCAUACAAUGUCAAUGAAGAGGAUUCGAACACAUGCAGUCAGAUCCUAUCCAUCAAGAAUACCAAAUUUGGAGCGUCAAAAUUGAUUGCUCCUUUUCCAUACUUUGGAAAGGUGGAUGUGUACAACACCUUUAAAGGUAUUGGAAUUAAAGUCCUCACCAAUGCAAUCAUAAAGAAACCUUCAGAUUGUAUUAACAUUUUGCGGCCUGAUGGAGCACCUGGAGCCAAGAAUGUACAGGCGAAAGAAUCCGCUUCAGUUGUCUUGAGUUCAAACCCUCCAGUCAUUACAAUCCGCAAAUAUUUCCCAGAGACAUGGAUUUGGGAUCUCUUUUCAGUCAGUCAGUCUGGAGCGAUACACAUUAAUAGAACGGUUCCGGACUCCAUCACUACAUGGCAGGCUGGCGCAUUUUGUACAUCACCUGUUGGGUUUGGAAUCGCUCAGAAAACCGAGCUCACUGCCUUCCAGCCUUUCUUUGUGAGCCUCACUCUGCCGAGCUCUGUCAUCCGAGGAGAAGUGUUCACGCUCAAAGCCACUGUUUUCAACUACCUUCGAAGCUGUAUAGUGGUGAAGGUGACUCUGGCCAGCUCAAAACAGUUCUCUGUGAAAAAGUGUAACGGCUGCCUCUACACAAAAUGUCUGUGCGCUGAUGAUAGCUGGACCUUCUCUUGGACCAUCACACCGCUGGUUCUGGGGGAGGUGAGCAUCAAGGUGACAGCGGAAGCGGUGCCAUCAUCGAUGUGUGGGAAGAGAAGAGUUAUUGUACCGCAGAAAGGACGCAUCGAUUCCAUCAUUAAAAAACUGCCCGUGCUGGCUGAAGGAACCAAACAGUUUAAAAGCUACAAUGAGCUUCUCUGCCCAUCAGAUGUGGUUGAGAAGAGGGUCUCACUAACCCUGCCUAAGAAAGUCGUGGAUGGUUCGGCCAAGGGCUCAGUCUCUGUGCUGGGAGAUCUGAUGGGCCGAGCUCUACAGAACCUGGCGAGUCUCCUGGAGAUGCCGUACGGCUGUGGAGAGCAGAACAUGCUGCGCUUCGCCCCUAACAUCUUCAUCCUGCAGUACCUGGAGAGCACCAACCAGCUCACGCCCCAGAUCAGGAGCACAGCCCUGACCUACCUCGUGAGCGGAUAUCAGAGAGAACUGAACUACAAACACAAUGAUGGAUCUUACAGUGCUUUUGGGAUGAGCGAUCCAUCAGGCAACACAUGGCUGACGGCGUUCGUGAUGAAGUCUUUCGGAAAUGCGAAACGAUACAUCUUUAUAGAUCAGGCGUUUGUGGACCAGGCGAAGACCUGGCUCGGUAAACGGCAGCAGCGUAACGGAUGCUUUGCCUCAGUGGGACAACUCAUCCACACUGACAUGAAGGGAGGAGUGACUGAUGAGGUGACCCUCUCUGCGUACAUCACAGCUGCAAUGCUGGAACUCAAAUAUACUGUUAAAGUGAGUAAACUGAAGUUUGAAAACCUGGCUCAUAGUAAGGGAUCACAGUAUAUACAAUUGUUAAUCUUUGUAUGGCAGGAUCCUGUGGUGAAAAACAGUCUUAUUUGCCUGAGGAAUUCACACACUAAGGAGAUCUCAACCUACGCCAAGGCUCUCCUCUUCUACACCUUCACUCUAGCUGGGGAUCAGAGGAUGAGGAACAAACUCAUCUCAAAGCUGAAUGCAAAGGCCAUAGUCUCAGGGGGCAAGAGGCACUGGAGCAGAGUGAAUGAUGGGUCUGUGACGGACUCUUUGGAGGUGGAGAUGACAUCGUAUGUGCUUCUGGCUCUGAUGUCUGGACCCCAACUGUCCGGGUUCGGUCUGGGUUACAGCAGCAGCAUUGUCCUAUGGCUUUCGCAGCAGCAGAACGCCUUCGGGGGCUUCGCUUCUACACAGGACACUGUCGUGGCUCUCCAGGCUCUGGCGAAAUACAGUAUCAUCACCUACCGUCCAGCAGGAGCUGUUACUGUUACUAUAACAUCACCAUCAGGGGUGAUUAACAAGUUUACCAUCAAUCAGAGUAACAGGCUGCUGUAUCAGGAGAGUCAGCUGCAGCGGGUUCCUGGAGAUUACAAAAUCAAAGCAAAAGGGAAAGGUUGUGUGUACGUGCAGUUCAAUUUGCACUACAACAUCCCUCCUCCUCCUGACCGCUCUUCAUUCAUCAUCUCGGCCUCAGCGUCUGGAAACUGCAGGGUCCCAAAGCCAUCUCUGAAAGUGACCAUUACUGUCAAUUUCAGGUAUAACGGUCGACGCUUGAGGACCAACAUGGUGGUCAUCGAAGUCAAGCCUCUUUCUGGAUUCAGUGUGGACGAGACGUCUGUGCAGCUUGUGAACAGCAAUUCAAAUUCAAAUGAUGGAGCUGUGAGACGCGUGGAUAAAAUUCAGGGCAAAGCAAUCAUCUACCUGCAAGGACUGAAGCAUGGAAAGGAAAAGGUGUACACCCUGAAGAUCGUGCAAGACCUUUCAGUGCUGAACCUGAAGCCAGCUGUUGUGAAGGUUUACGACUACUACAAGAUCGGUGAGAGAGCGGCAACCCUGUACACCUCUCCAUGUCCAUUUCAGUGAGAGUUUGUACAUGAUCCCAGCAAGAGCAUUUUUUUCCCUCAUUUUAUUUUUAUGGGAAUUCUCUGGGUAGCUUAGUUCACAACAUACCAAAACCUUUCCAUUUCACAAAUGUUCAAUAGCUAAUUAAUAGUGUGUUUGAUUUAUUCCCCUUUCUUCUUGUCAUUAUGCGUAACUUCAAGAUAUAUUUGGUGAUACAAAAGGUGACUAUUUCUAGUAUAUAAUUUACUCUAUAAACUAAGAAAGUUUAUAUGAUGUGCUGGCAAAAAAAAAAUAACAUCAGCCAAAUCAGUAUUAUCAUUUUGUUCUG